AUGGCAGCGGCCUCGCCGCGGGGCCUGGCAGAGGGCCGUGUGAGCUUCGAGGACGUGGUCGUGUACUUCUCCUGGGAGGAGUGGGGGCUCCUGGACGAGACGCAGCGAUGCCUCUACCACGACGUGAUGCUGGAGAACUUCGCCCUGGUGACCUCACUGGGUUGCUGGUGGGGGAUGGAGGUGGCGGAGGUGGAGGCGGAGUUGGAAGAGGAGGAGGCGGCGGAGGCGGCUGUGCGGGAUGUUCCUGUCUCUCGGGAAUCACUGGGCCAGACGCCAAGUCCAGAUCCAGCCACUUGGGAGGCCCGCCCCUGUGAGAAGUGUGUCCUGGUCGGGAGAGACGUGCUGUGCCUGACGGAGUUCCCAGGAGCCUGUGAGGCCUGUGGACGGCAGCCCUGGCUCACCGCGGGCGUGCGUGAGGAGCCCAGGGACGAGAAGCCGCUCUGGGGCGCCACGGGCGCCGUGGACACGGCCUCGCUCCUGUCCAGCUACGGGUGCCACGCGUUGGCGAACCCCUUUGCCCUCACUUGCGGGGCCGCCGGGGAGGACUUCCUGGCCAUGGUGCGUCUUCUGCAGCAUCAGGCCUCCCUCAGGGGGCCACAGCCCCCCAGCAGCGUCCAGUGUGGGGAUGGGGAGGCGUUGCACAGCGGGGAGAGCCCUCGCUCCGGGAUUGACUACCAGCCACCCCUCAGCCACGAGCACAAACCCCUUCAGCACCAGCAGCUUCCCCCGCAGAGUCAUGACUGUGAUGACGGUGAGAAACCCUCUCACCAGAGCUCCCCGGUCUGCAAUGGCCAGGUGCUUGACCCGGGAGCGAGGUCUUACGUGUGCAACGAAUGCGGGAGAUCCUUCAGCCAAAGCUACUACCUCAUCCAGCAUCACCGGAUUCACACCGGAGCCAGGCCUUACAAGUGCAACGAGUGUGGGAAAGCCUUCACGUACAAACUCAGGCUGGUUCAGCACCUGCAGAUCCACAACAGGGUGAAGCCUUACGAGUGUGGGGAGUGCAGGAAGUCCUUCAGCUACAGCUCCACACUCAUCAAACACCAGCGCGUGCACACGGGAGCCCGGCCUUACAAGUGUGGCGAGUGUGGGAACUCCUUCAGCCAGAGCUCCAACCUUGUCCAGCACCAGAAAAUUCACAACGGGGCACGGCCUUACAAAUGCAGCGAGUGCGGGAAGUCUUUCAGCUACAAGUGCAAACUCGUGCAGCACCUGCGGAUUCACACUGGUGAAAGGCCUUACGAGUGUGGGGAUUGUGGGCGAUCUUUCAGCCACAGCUCCACUCUCAACCAACACCGGAGAAUACACACGGGAGCCAGGCCUUAUAAGUGUAACGGGUGUGAGAAAUCCUUCAGCCAAAAGUCCAACCUCAUUCAGCAUCAGAGAGUUCACACGGGGGAAAGGCCUUACGAGUGUGGGGAGUGUGGGAAAUCCUUUAGCCAAAGCUCCCACAUCAUUCAACACAGAAAACUUCAUACCAGAUGA